AUCAACCGAGACAAACCAGGAAACAGGUUGUUAUUCUUCCUCACUAAAGAGAGACGCACAGACUGAAAAACAGUUGAUCAGAUUCACCUUCAGACCAAACUGACAACUUCCUCUGAGUGAGUUCAGCUACAGCAGAGAAAAGUGGAUAACUACAACACUGCUGCUUCAACCUGCUGAUGCUCCAAACACUGAAUAUUUACUGUAAGACAAAAUGGCUUCCAGAUCAGAGGAAGAUCUCUGCUGUCCAGUCUGUUUUGAUGUCUUUAGAGAUCCUGUUCUUUUGUCAUGUAGCCACAGCUUCUGUAAAAACUGUCUCAAGAGGUGGUGGAGAGAAAAACAAACACGUGAUUGUCCAGUCUGUAAGAGAAGAUCUGCAAGGGCAGAACCACCUCGUAACCUGGUGUUGAAGAACCUGUGUGAGGCCUUCUUACUGGAGAGAGAUCAGAUAGCUUCAGGGGUUCUCUGCUUUCUGCACUCUGAGAAACUCAAACUUUUCUGUCUGGACCAUCAACAACCAGUGUGUGUUGUCUGCAGAGAUUCAGAAAAACACUCCAACCACAGAAUCCAACCUAUCGAUGAAGCUGCACAACAACACAAGAAGAAACUUCAAGAAAGUCUGGAGCCCUUAAAGGAGAAGUUAAAGGUUUUUAAACAAGUUAAACUAAAGUUCGAUCAAACAGCAGAACACAUUAAGGUCCAGGCCCAACGCACAGAGAGGCAGAUUAAGGAGCACUUUAGGAAGCUUUACCAGUUUCUACAAGAGGAAGAGAAGGCCAGGCUGGCUGUACUGAGGGAGGAAGAGGAGCAGAGGAGUCAGAUGAUGAAGGAAAAGAUAGAGGCUCUGAGCAGAGAGAUAGCAGCUCUUUCAGACACAGUCAGAGCCACAGAGGAGGAGCUGAGAGCUGAAGAUGUCUCAUUCCUGAACAACUACAAGGCUGCAGUGGAAAGAGUCCAGCAGCGCCCCCUGCUGGAGGAUCCACAGCUGCUCCCAGGAGCUCUGAUAGACGAGGCCAAACACCUGGGCAACCUGACCUUCAAUAUCUGGAACAAGAUGAAGGACAUGGUCUCCUACACUCCUGUGAUUCUGGAUCCUAACACUGCUCAUCCAUAUCUCUUCCUAUCUGAAGAUCUGACCUCUGUGAGACGAGUAGAGAAACAGAACCCUCCCGAUAAUCUAGAAAGGUUUGAUAAAUACUGUUCUGUCCUGGGCUCUGAGGGCUUCAACUCAGGGACUCACAGCUGGGAUGUCGAUGUUAGAGACAGUACAGGCUGGUCACUGGGUGUGUUAUCAGAGUCUGUCCAGAGGAAGGGAGGUUUACUCUCUGGGUUGUGGGUAAUAUGGUUCUAUAAAGGUGAAUAUAAAGCAGGGUCACAAUCAGCUCCUUCCACUAAUCUUGUAGUGCAGAAGAAGCUUCAAAGGAUCAGAGUGAAUCUGGACUGGAACAGAGGACAGCUGUCGUUCUCUGAUCCUGAUACGAACAUACACUUACAGACCUUCAUGCACACUUUCACUGAGAGGAUGUUUCCAUUCAUUCUCACUCGGGAUGAAGUCCCACUGAAGAUAUUGCCCAUGGAGGUCUGUGUGACAGUGGAACAGAGCAGUUAGAGAUAAAUAAAAUGAUUAAAUUCAUGCUUCUUUCUUAAAGGGAAACUGAAUUUAACCUCCUGUCGUAUUAUUAUUAUAAGAGUAUGUUUAUUUUUGUUUCAGUGUUUUUGUUUAUUUACUUUGACAAUUUGCAUUUUGUCUCUAUUCUCAACAUGUAGUGUGUAAAUUAUUUGUCAAACUGGUAUGCAUUCAUAUCUAAGGCAGUUCUUGGGUUUCUACCGUCCCGACUAUGAACUCAUAUGUCAUAGAAGUUUGAUGGACAGAAUUCUUUGUGACUUUUAUAUUUUGUCUGGACCAAAUGUUCUUACAGAGAUUGAGAAAAGGGUGUUUAGGUACUCUGCACCCUCAGGCUGGAAUAUACUACAGAAACAUUUUAAUCUCCAUGAUCUGAUUUCUUUGAAUGCCUAUAAAUCCAUUUUGAAAGAUCUGAAGACCAAUUUGUUGGGAUGUCAGUGGUUAAACUGAUAUUGUUGAAUGCAUGGUUCGAACUUCAGUUUUAUUCUCUAGGAUGUUAUAUGUUGUAAUACUGUCCAUUUUGUUUUGUAUCUGUUUACUCGUUCUUGUUUCGUGCUGCUUCCUGUUAUGGUCAGGACACCCGUGAAAAAUGUGAUUUAUUUAUUUCUCAGAUAUUUAAUCUGAAUGUGACCUUUGCUCAUUAAUUAGAAUAAAACAAAUUUCACGUA